UGGUCUUUCCGAUACGCACCCUCCUUCUGCGGAACAGGAUCGCCCGCCGCCCCUCCUUGUUUCUGUGGGAACAGGCACCACCCAGACUGCUCCCCCUUCAGUCGGCAGCGCAGAGCGCACGGCUGAGGCGUGAAGACAAACGCCGCCGCCGUCGCAUUGGAAUGAGCGCACCGACAGUGUGAAAGGAGGAGAUUCCGGCGCGCAGCAAAUCCAGAAAAUCAGGAACUUCUGCUUCUCCUCCUCAUUACCUCUGUGCGGACGGACAGCUGCGCCUCCUUACGAAAAGCCCCGCAAGGAGAAGCGGAGAACAGACGCGCCAAAAGCGAGAAAGCGGAGGUGGGGAGGAAAGGAUGGAUGCCCUGCACCCCGUGCUGCAGGCUCACACGGGCCUCUUGGUACUGCUGUGCGCUCUGAUUUUCAGGGUGGUCCACCGGCUGCUGUGCGCGCUGCCUGCGCCAAAGCUUGUGCGUCAAGAUGCGUUUCGCUCCUGGAAGUGGAGGAACCUCUCCGUCUCCAUCGUGCACUCCCUCCUGACGGGGGUAUGGGCCCUGACGUGUGCAGUGAUUUGGCCAGAGACGCUGUAUAAAAUCCAGACUUUCUACACACCUCUGUCCCACCUGCUCGUCUGUGUCUCAACAGGAUACUUUAUUCAAGAUGCAAGUGAUAUAUUGAUGAGUGGAUAUGCAAAAGGAUCAUGGGAAUUCUUACUCCACCACGCACUGGUGAUCUGCUGUUUCUCCUACACGCUCUACACACAGCAGUGCAUAUCUGGUGCUGUGAUGGCUCUCUUUGUGGAGGUCAACAGCAUCACGCUGCACCUGAGGAUGAUACUGAAGCUGGCGAGCGCUCAGUCCUCCUUUGUGUACCACAUCAACAAGCUGGUCAACAUCUUCACCUACAUCACGUUCCGUCUUGGCACUCAGUUCUACCUUACCUGGUUCCUCGUCAUCAACUUCUCCGAGAUAGUACACGCUGAAUACUUACUUACCGGUUUGAUGAUGAUGAACGUUAUGAUGCUGAUUUAUUUUUACCGCCUGCUGCGUGCAGACUUCUUCCAGCGGCGUAAGAGCUACGUGGCACAAAACGGAACAUUUAAUACCAAGAAGUUUCUGAAUGAUUGACCUGGGAAGGUUUGUGGCACUGCCAGACUGUUUGGUGAUUUAACCGUUUUGGGGAUUUGUGUUUUCACUUUUUGUCAUUGUCUUUCCUUUAAUGACAUAAUUCCUCAGUGCUCAUACCCUGCCUCAUACCGUAUGACCCCCCCGAACACUUAAUUGGAGUAAGCAGGUAUGGAAAGUGGAUGGUUGGAUUCCUCAUACUGACAGGUUCUGGUGUUGCACCGUGUUUCACUGCCAAAGAACAAACCCCAAAAAUACUUUUGAUGGAGAAAAACCUCGAGGUUGUUCAGGUGCUGCAUUUCAAAGACGUUUCACAGUGUGAAUUUUAGUUUUUGAAGAAGAAAAAGGAAUUACAACCACACGUUAUGAAGCAGAAAAUUCAGUUAAACUCUGGCAACAUUUUUCAAGCAGGAUAUUUGAAUGAAUUAAUUUAUUUAUUCAGCACACAAAUCAACAAUAACAAAAACUCAUAACAACUCAACAGCGAAGUUGUGUGACCCAAAGGGUGUGGGAGAAGCAAAGCUUAUAAAUACUCACCCCUUAUACGAUAAAAAUAAGAAAUGUAUACACGGGUGAUUCUUUAACUACGGGCACUAUUGGCCUUGUAAAUGUAAUU